GUGUUUUCUUCCUUGUCGCGGAGUCGCCUACCAAAAGAAGCAGCAGGAGCCAAAGCGAAAGUCAAAUCGGAAUUUCAGCUUACUUUGCCGUUUUCAUGCUUUUUCUCUCAUUCGGCGCCCGCGUUGCUGCUAUCUUUGGAAAAUGGAUCCUAUUUGGGCGAGCUAACGCUGGCAUCGGUGGCGGCGGUUCCUGAUCUUCUAACUCGGUGAUUUCAACUCCGGCAUAGUCAUCGCUGUCACUUCCGUGGCUGGCUUUGCUAUCGCCGCCACCGUCGCCUACUCUCUUAGGUUAAAGAAAAAGGGGGAAAACGAUCACGGAGCUUAGAUUUUGAUUAUCAAAGGCAAAGUAGAAAUCGAUAUGCUUACCGAACAGAAACCAUUGUUGAAAGCUUUGCGGCGAAGUCACACGGCUUCGUCGUCGUCAUCAUCAGCAGCAUCAACAUCAACAUCCUCAUCCUCAGCAUCGUCCUCAUCAUCGGCUUCAAAUACUUCAUCUUCUUCAUCGUUGUCGUGGAGUCAUUUGCGAUCGGUUAUAUUAGUUGUUGCUUCUUCCUCUUCAUCGUCAUCUUCCUCAUCUUCUUUCCAACCACUUCAAACUGAUCGGGGUAGCCUAAAAUCACCUUGGUCUCACAGGAGAAGAAAACAUGCCCUUCUACCUAAACAAUGGAAGAAUUUGUUCACUGCAGAUGGGAAACUCGUUGAUGGUGGUGUCAAGUUUCUGAAGAAAAUUCGAAGUGGAGGUGUUGAUCCAAGUAUUAGAGCAGAGGUGUGGCCGUUACUCCUUGGAGUAUAUGACUUCAACAAUACGAAGGAAGAAAGAGAUUCCUAUAGAAGUCAGAAACGGAAAGAGUAUGAAAGCUUGAGGAAACAGUGCCGCCAAAUCCUUAAACAUCUUGAGAAGAGUGGUAAGUUGAAGGGAACUGCUGGAAACAUCUGCAGUGAGGACUUUGGUAAUUUCAGUCGAAUUCUUGAUUCUCCAGGCUUAGAGGACGUGGUUAGUAGGUCCCACUCUACCGAUGGAGGAAGCCCAGCCAUUGAUGAUUCUGAUCUCCCGUUCUAUGAUCAUAGGCAUCCAACCCUGUUAUCCUCUGAUUCAUUUCUGGAGAGAGUUGUUGGCAAGAGUGUAGUCGAUAGUCAAGAUUCCUGUACUGGUGAAACAGAAUCAUCUUAUUCUGACUCUUCUGAAGACCAUGAAAACACACCUCUCCUUUCCUCAGAAAUAACCGAGGAAAAUAAUACUCAUAAUGAUGAUAAUGAUAGUUCCUCUCCCUCCCAGACAGAAGGCAGGCCUGCAUUCCACACUGAUGAAGAUUUUGCCAAAUGGAGGAGAAUCAUCCUCCUUGAUGCCGUGAGGGCAAAUGAUGACUGGAUCGUAUACACUCCUUCUCAGGCUGCAGUAUCCACAGUGAAAGCACAACGGUUGGCUGAGAGUGUUGGGUUGAAAGAUUAUGAUGACUUAAACCCAUGCAGGAUUUUUCAUGCUGCUCGGCUUGUUUCUAUCCUCGAGGCUUAUUCCCUUUAUGAUCCCGAGAUAGGUUACUGCCAAGGAAUGAGUGAUCUGCUCUCCCCAAUAAUCUCAGUGGUGGAGGAUGACUCCGAGGCCUUCUGGUGCUUUGCAGGUUUCAUGAAAAGAGCUCGUCACAAUUUCCGACUUGACGAGGUGGGCAUUAGAAGACAGUUAAACAUUGUGUCCAAGAUUAUAAAGUGCAAGGAUAAUCAUCUAUAUCGACACCUGGAGAAGCUUCAAGCCGAAGAUUGCUUCUUUGUGUAUAGAAUGGUUAUAGUUCUUUUCAGGAGGGAGUUAAACUUUGAGCAGACUCUUUGCCUCUGGGAAGUGAUGUGGGCAGACCAGGCAGCGAUCCGUGCCGGCAUUGCAAAGUCUGCUUGGGGGAGGAUGAGACUUCGAGCUCCCCCUACCGAUGAUCUUCUGCUUUAUGCAAUAGCAGCUUGUGUUCUUCAAAGAAGGAAACUGAUAAUAGAAAAGUACAGUAGCAUGGAUGAGAUAAUGAGAGAAUGCAAUAGUAUGGUCGGACAUCUCGACGUCUGGAAGCUUCUCGACGAUGCCCACGACUUGGUGGUCAACCUGCAUGACAAGAUUUAGGCCAAACACCUCUCUGCUUCUUUUUCUUUCUUUUUUUGGCUGAUUUUUCACCUCUAAACCUCUUGCAACCUUUAUGGAUAUCCCUAAACCAAGGGAUCCAAGUUAUUUGACAUUUCUGCUUGAAACAAGCGUUUGGUAGGCGAAUUCCCUGAACUAAGAAAAACUAUGAGUUUUACAUUUAUUAUGUUAUAUUGCCCGCGCUCAAUACUAGGUCUGGGUGAUAGUGGCAAAGCUGAGUAAUCAGCUACUUGGAAGCUUCUUUAGCUUUGC